GCUGGGGGAAGCUCCGGGGCGGGGGCCUGCUGGAGCGGCUGGAGCUGCGGGCGGCGCUGCUCGGCCCCUCGGGCGCGCGCGGAUGCAGGCCUCAGCCGGGGAGGGAGAGGGGACCGGCGGGCUGCUGCUGGUGGGCGGGCCGGGGGAGGGUCCCCGCGCCGGAAAGCGCCCGGGGCUGGGGGCGGGCCUGGGCCUGGCCUACCUCGAGCCCCGCGCUGCGUUCGGAGCCGAGACCCUGCYCCCCCAAUCCGGCGCCACUACCAACCCGGGCCUCUCGUGGUAGCUUCACUCCCGCUAGCGCCUCAUGGACGCCAAGAAACUGGUGGUCGUUUUUGGAGCCACAGGUGCCCAGGGGGGCUCAGUGGCCCGCACGCUUCUGGAAGAUGGGAUGUUCAGGGUUCGAGUGGUGACCCGGGAUCCUGGGCAGACGGCAGCAAAGGAGCUGAGGCUGCAAGGUGCUGAAGUGGUAAAAGGAGAUCAGAAUGACGAGGCCAGCAUGGAGUCGGCCCUGACCGGGGCUUAUGCCACCUUCAUUGUGACCAACUACUGGGAGAACUGCAGCCAAGAGCAGGAGGUCAAGCAGGGAAAGCUGCUGGCUGAUCUGGCCAAGYGCCUGGGCCUCUGCUACGUGGUCUACAGUGGCCUGGAGAAUAUCAGGAAGCUGACGGCUGGGAGGCUGGCAGCAGGCCACUUUGACGGCAAAGGGGAGGUGGAGGAAUACUUCCGAGACAUUGGCGUUCCCAUGACCAGUGUGCGGCUGCCCUGCUAUUUUGAGAACCUCCUCUCCUACUUUUUGCCUCAGAAAGCCCCAGAUGGGAAGAGCUAUCUGCUGAACUUGCCCAUGGGUGACAUCCCCAUGGAUGGUAUGGCUGUGAGUGACCUGGGUCCUGUGGUGCUCAGCCUGUUGAAGAUGCCAGAAGCAUAUAUCGGGCAGAACAUCGGACUCAGCACCUGCAGACACACCGCAGAGGAGUAUGCCGCCCUGCUCACCAAGCACACGGGCAAGACUGUGCACCAUGCCAAGACAACUCCUGAAGACUACGAGAGGCUUGGCUUUCCUGGGGCCCGUGACCUGGCCAACAUGUUCCGUUUCUACUCUCUAAAACCUGACCGAAACAUUGAGCUGACCCUGCAGCUCAACCCCAAGGCCCGGACGCUGGAUCAGUGGCUGGAGCAGCACAAAGGGGACUUCACCCAGCUGUGACCUACCCACUUUGCAGCCCCAAGUCACGAGAUGGGAGGCCCAAAGGCACAAAAUAUUUUUUUCAAUAAAACCACUGUUUUCACAGA